AUGCUUUCUGGGGUGGGUAAAGAGUUUAUGGUGCGGCUACGGUUCACCUGGCGGACGAUGUUCAAGAGCAGGUACCUGCUUAUCACCAACACGCUGAGUGGAGGAGGCCUGCUGGCGCUGGGAGACUGUGUGCAGCAGAACUGGGAGAAUCACAAGGAGCCGGGCCGAAGCUACGACUGGAUGAGGACAGGCCGCAUGUUUGCGUCAGGCUGCUCCAUGGGUCCCCCGAUGCACUACUGGUACGUCUGGAUAGACCGUCGGUUUGUUGGAACAGCUCUGAGCACAGUGAGCAAGAAGGUUCUGCUGGAUCAGACUAUUGCUGCACCAGCUAUGGCUUUGUGGUAUUUUGUAGGUAUGGAUAUCAUGGAGGGUCUAUCUUUAUCUGAUGGAUUUGAGGAGUUUAAAGAAAAGUUCUGGGAAUUUUAUAAGGCUGACUGGUGUGUUUGGCCCGCCUCUCAGAUGAUCAGCUUCUACUUCCUCUCGCCCAAAUUUCGGGUCAUGUACGUCAACCUCAUCAGCUUGGGAUGGGACACCUACAUGUCUUACAUUAAACACAGAGAUGACAGCCACCACUCUGCAGGAACAUCAGACAACAGUGCUGUGGACGUACAGCAGGAAGUGAUCCCAGCAUCUAAACCUCUGGAGGAGAAAACAUCAAAGUUUCACUGUCAGUCAUGUUAA